AUGCAAGAAAAGAGCUCAUUGAACAUCGCCAUCGUCGGCGCCGGACUGGGAGGCCUCGUAGCUGCUCUAUCCCUUGCUCGCAAUGGCCAUCAUGUACAGCUCUUUGAGCGGCGACCCACGUUCGAACCAAAGGGAGGCGGCAUCAUGAUCCGACCUGUCGCCACGUAUUUCCUACGACAAUGGGGCCUCAAAGCAGAUAUGGAGGACAUAUCUGAUGUCUCCCAAGCAACAUUAUACCGUGACGGCGGAACUGGGAAGGUCUUUGUGAGGCGGAAGAACGAAAUGGUCUUUGAUGAUAAUCUGGACUGGGGCUGCUUUCGAGAGGACGCGCAGAAGGUGUUCCACAAGCAUGCUCUGCAACAUGGUGUCAAGUUUCGAUUCGGCGUGUCAGUGACGGAUGUCUCGGAGGACGAUACGACAGCGAAAGUGCAUCUCAGCACAGGCGAGGUCAUCGAAGCUGAUCUUCUUCUCGCGGCUGAUGGAUUUCUUUCACGGCUCCGCCCCAAGAUCUUGUCUGAUGCUCCCGCGCCUGCACCGGGCUAUUCGACGAUAUAUCAGAUCAGACUGUCAGAAGAUGAGGUCCUUGCAAAUCCGGAUGCGAGAGAGCUGGCUAACAACACGGACCUUUCUGUGUGGAUGAAGCGAGCUGGCGGUGGUUAUGCGGUUAUCAGGUGUAACAAGACCGUUCAUCGUUUGAGCGGUGCGUUUGGCAUUCCGGAGAGAGAUGACGAUCCUAGGAUGUGGGAUGAGAACGGCGACAUCGAAUACGUACGAAACUACUUCAAAGGCUACAGCAAAGCGCUCACCUCGUUCCUCCAAAUCGCUAAACGUUGCGAUCGCUGGCGUCUGGCAGAGAUGCCCAACCUCCCGCAGUGGAUCAGUCCCAAAGGACGCCUCGUCCUCCUAGGUGACUCCGCCCACGCCAUGCUUCCCGACGCAGCCCAAGGCUUCUCCACCAUCGUCGAAGACGUCGGCGUACUGUCCCAUCUCCUCUCCAAGCACCUCCACCGAGGUGUCCCCUCCCUAACUCGGAUCUGGCAAGAAGUCCGACAACCGCGAGUCAACAAGAUCAAAGACUGGGCCAAGUCGAAUCACGUUCUCUACACCAAGGGAACGGACGAUGGACUCAAGUCUGGCGAGAAGACGAAGACGCCGCCGACCCAGGAUAUUUCGUUGGACAAAGUGGUGCCGGAUAUGAACGCAAGUUAUCGAUCGCCGGCGUUUUUCAAGUGGGCGUUUGGAUUUGAUCCGAUCGAGGAUGUUGAGAGGUAUAUUGAGAAGAGGGACAUGGCGAGGUUGUAG